AUACUUCGUUUCAGCUUCGGUCCAGACGCAGCCAAAGCUACAAGCGCGAGCUCCGGGCUUUCAGCAUCCCUGCCAAGCACGCGCGCUCGUGCAGUGCCAGCACUGUUCUGGGCCACAUGCUCGCGCUUGUAGCAUCGGCUGCGUCUGGACCGAAGCUGAAACGAAGUAUAGAGAGCUCUCUCCCAUGAUCGAAACCGAAACUCCACCGGCCAACCGACUCCCACAAUGCAUAGCGUGGCAUUUCGCCGAUGAGCCGCGCCUGAUGUGCGUCGGCCCAUCAGCAACGACAUCACGUGUCGCCGGCCAAAUCAAAUAUGGCAGCUGCCGUUGCUUCGUGGAUGUCGCUGUAGCGCCAGUAGCGCUGUAGCGUUGCUUCGACGGAGCUCGAACUGAUUCUCUCGGCAGAUUUUCGUGUUCUGCCGAGGGGUUCACGAUGGUCGUCAACACGGACAACUCAAUCUCAACGAAGCUAGGCGAUUCCAUACAGGACUACGAAGUGUUCAACUUCCUGGGAAAGGGCGGUUUCGCUCAGGUCUACCGCGCUCGGUCCAAGAACUGCGGACUUGAAGUAGCCAUCAAGAUGGUGGACAAAUCGGCCCUGAAGCGCAUGGGCGUGAGCAGCACCCGUGUGCAGCAAGAAGUCGCCAUUCACUCGAGACUCAAGCACCCCUCCGUUGUCGAGGACCGCGAGUAUGUCUACCUGGUGAUCGAGUACUGCGAGGGUGGCGAGCUCCAGGGCUACCUCCGGGCGAGGGGCGGCCCCCUCACCGAACCCGAGGCCAGCCGGCUCCUGGGGGAAAUCGUCUCCGGCAUCCUCUACCUCCACUCCCACUGCAUCCUGCACCGAGACCUGAGCCUGUCCAACCUGCUGCUGACGCGGGACCUUCACGUGAAAAUUGCAGAUUUUGGGCUGGCCACACAACUCAAGGGUCCCUGGGAACGUCACACCACGAUGUGUGGCACGCCAAACUUCAUGUCUCCCGAGGUUGCCUCUCGGGACCCCCACGGACUGGAGGCAGAUGUCUGGAGUCUCGGAGUGAUGCUGCACACAUUCCUGCUGGGGCGGCCUCCGGCACAGGGCUGCUCCUUCGAAGUGCCGGCCGGACUCUCGAACCAGGCGAGGCUACUCCUGGUUCAGCUGUUGCAGAGGGAUCCGAGGCAGAGGAUACCCCUGCGCCGCAUUCCCGAACAGGCCUUCAUGUGCCAGGCGGGAUGCCCUCUGAGGCCCCUGCCUUCGAGCCUCGGACCUCCCAAGGCUCCCCUCAACACCACGGGCUUGCGACCAGCUAGCCUCUGGGCACGCAACAUGCGGCUGAGCAUCCUCGAAGACGGCCAAGUCAGUGUGGAGUUCCGCGCGCGCAACCACAAGGUGACCCGGGUGCUGCGCGUCUCCUCGGACGGCACCCGGGUGGUCUUCUACAAGCCACCGCUCGGCUGGCACCUCUCCACGGAGGGGGUGGCCCCGGCCCCACCCCAGGGCGCUCCGGUGCACUCCUGGGACGCCCUUCCCCAGGCGCUCUGGGCGAAGUACGCGUGCGCGGCAAGGUUUGUGUCGUUGGUGCGGCAGAAGACGCCCAAGAUCAUCCUGUAUGCCGAGUACGCGCUCUGCAUUCUCCUGGGCAGCGGCGACCUCGAAGCUAGCUUCUACUCUGGUGCCAGGGUGGUUUGCAGCGGGAACCAUGUCCAGCUGAUGGACGUCGGCGGGCCGCAGCGCCACCUGACGCUUCCUGUCGAUCCCGAGAUGCUUCCUCCAUCGCAGUGCUCACUAUGGCAGAUCACUUGCGAGUAUCAUCGCCGCUGCCAAGCAAUUGAGGCGGCUGUGGAGGCAACAGACGAGGGCUGGAACAUCUUCCCUGCCAUCUUUGGGAGGCGACCGCAGGACUGGCGACAGCAGUCCAACGUCAAGUCCCUCGGGUCCUGCUGUUUUUCUAAAGACUUCGGCAAUCGCAACUUUUCGCCGAUGGGAACCUGCCUCACUGGAACGUGCUCCUCAGCCCGUGCACGAAGCAAGGCAUCUCUUGCUCACACCGCCUUUGCUUAUUGACGUUGUACGUAAUUGCCCAAUAAAGGACGAUGCGAGGA